AUGAAGUACAUCCAAACCGACCAAAUCUUGGAGAUCCCCGAGGGCGUUACCGUCAACAUCGAUGCCAGAAGCAUCAAGGUCACUGGCCCAAGAGGUGUCUUGACCAAGGACUUGAAGCACAUCGACGUCACUUUCGCCAAGGUUUCUGACAAGGCCAUCAAGAUCACUGUCCACAACGGUGACAGAAAGCACGUUGCCGCCUUGAGAACCGUCAAGUCUUUGAUUGCUAACUUGAUCACCGGUGUCACCAAGGGCUACAAGUACAAGAUGAGAUACGUCUACGCCCAUUUCCCAAUCAACGUCAACGUUGUUGAUGUUGACGGUGAGGCUUUUGUCGAGAUCAGAAACUUCUUGGGAGAGAAGCGCGUCAGACAGGUGAAGAUCUUCGAGGGUGUCACCGUCGAGCAAUCCGCCAACCAAAAGGAUGAGUUGGUGUUGUCCGGUAACUCCUUGGAGGCCGUUUCCCAGAACGCCGCUGACAUCCAGCAAAUCUGCAGAGUCAGAAACAAGGAUAUCCGUAAGUUCUUGGAUGGUAUCUACGUGUCCGAGCGCGGUUUGAUUGACGCUGAGGCUUAAGGGAGCGGAGGGCUGGACGAGCGCCGCAUUCCUCGGGAACGCGGCUUCUUAAUACAUUUUCUUCACUUUACUUUUUUCGGGGUUCCUUGCUGGUAUAUACGAAUACGGCUUUUUACGGUUUUACCCUGGUCUCCGUGGAUGCGUUAUAGUGCUCAGUACAAUAAAAGAGCCACCGACGAUCUGCUGUAGGAACGAGACUUGAGGCUUGUUGCUAGCACUGGCUUUCACCAGGAGUGCGUAAAUGUCCGUGUCCAUCGUAUCCUAUGAUGCAGGUGGCGCGGUGUUUGGUGACGAUCUCAAGCUCCCAAGUAGGCUGGUUUUUAGCAUCACUCCCAGCAUUAAUGCCAGUGGGCAUGAGUUGAUCCGUGGUCGGUCAAGUUUGGUGUGUG